AUGCUUUUUGGCGCGAUGCAACGGCAGCAUAUCUACAUGCAUUUCGUCUUCGUCCCGCUCCUUCCAUCAGCAGCCUUAUCCUCCCCCACUCUCUCCACCUGCACCUUCUCCUGCCAGACUGGGGGAAGCAUGUCAAGAAUGGCGCCUCCGUCUCCUCCUAUCUCUACGAAGCCUCCGACCCUGCCCUUCUCCCCGAAGAAGCCGCCGCCAAUGCCAGUGUACAAGGACCUGCACUUCAACCGCGACCUCUCGGCCACCAAGAAGCUCCAGGCUGGCGUGGACUUGGUGGCGCGGUUGGUGGGGGUGACCCUGGGCCCCAAGGGGAGGAACGUGGUACUUGGCAACAAGUAUGGCCCUCCCAAGAUCGUCAAUGAUGGAGAGACUGUCCUUAAGGAGAUCGAAUUGGAGGACCCGUUGGAAAAUCUUGGAGUGAAGUUGGUCAGACAGGCUGGCGCAAGGACCAAUGAUAUUGCAGGCGAUGGUUGUACCACUUCCAUAAUCCUUGCUCGAGGCCUGAUUGCCGAAGGAAUGAAGGUUCUUGCGGCUGGAAUCAAUCCAGUUCAUGUUGCACGUGGCAUCGAGAAGACUGCUACUGCUUUGGUGUCUGAACUCAGACUGAUGUCACGGGUGAUUGAGGAUCAUGAAAUUGCACAUGUGGCUGCAGUUAGUGCGGGAAAUGAUUAUGCUGUUGGAAAUAUGAUUUCUGAUGCUUUUCAAAGAGUGGGUAGGAAAGGCAUGGUGAGAAUUGAAAACGGACGAGGCACCGAAAACACUAUAGAGAUCGUCGAAGGAAUGCAAUUUGAACGUGGUUACCUCUCACCUUACUUUGUUACCGAUCGUGCUAAUAUGUUAGUGGAGUUCACUGACUGUAAGAUACUGUUGGUUGACAAGAAAAUUUCUGAUGCUAGUGAGGUUAUAAGGAUACUGGACAGUGCUGUCAAAGAAAAUUAUCCAUUGUUAAUUGUUGCCGAGGAUGUGGAAGAAAAAGCAAUGGCUGAUUUGAUAAAAAACAAGCUGAAAGGGACAAUUAAGGUUGCAGCAGUUAAGGCCUUCUCUUUUGGGGAGCAAAAGACUCAAUGCUUGGAUGAUAUUGCUGUCAUGACAGGAGGUACAGUAGUGAGGGAUGACAUGGGAUAUACACUAGAAAAGGCAGGAAAAGAGGUUUUGGGUUCUGCUUCUAAGGUGGUAAUCAGGAAAGAUUCGACACUAAUUGUUACUAAUGGAAGUACCCGUCACGCAGUUGAGAAAAGGGUUGCUCUGAUAAAGGGCCAAGUCGAGAACUCAAAGGAGCGGUACCAUAAGAAGAUACUGGGUGAGAGGAUAGCAAGGUUAUGCGGUGGAAUUGCAAUCAUACAGGUUGGUGCUCAAACAGUCAUUGAGCUGAAAGAUAAGAAGCUGAGAGUUGAAGAUGCUCUUAAUGCAACCAGGGCAGCUAUUGAGGAAGGUGUUGUAGUUGGUGGUGGAUGUAGCCUAUUAAGAUUAUCGAAGAAGAUUGAUGUAAUCAAGGAAUCAUCAUUGGAUAAUAUAGAGCAGAAGAUUGGUGCCGACAUCUUCAAACAAGCCUUGAGGUACCCUACCUCACUGAUAGCAAGCAAUGCGGGGAUGAAUGGUGACUUUGUCAUUGAGAAGGUGUUACUAAAUGACAAUACAAAUUAUGGUUACAAUGCUGCCAAGAACCGAUACGAGGAUUUAAUGGCUGCUGGAAUACUGGAUCCAUCAAAGGUUGUGAGAUGUUGCAUUGAGCAUGCUGCUGUGGUUGCGAAGUCCUUUCUCACCUCUGACGUAGUGGUUGUUGAGGCAAAAGAAAGCAAACCAAUUCGAAUAAGACCCCCGAUGCCUCCUAGGAGCUUAAUCCCCCCAAUGCCUGCUUCUGUUUCAGGUAUUCGAGUGUAGCAAUCUUCCUUUCCACAGAAUCGACCUCAAAUAGAACACAAAUACUGGGGACGGAAUUCUUUUGCAAAUUUGCCAAGAUAACAAAGGAGAAAACAUAGGAAAGAUUUCACCUCAAACAUUGCUCUGUACUAUUGAUCGAAGAAGCUCUGUGUGCUGUUAUUAGAUCAAUAAAAGCAGCAGCAAGGGUGGAUGAUGCGUGGAACAGAGAAGAAAAUGCUAGAAAUUUCAACUGAUAUUCUUAUCUUCCUUCUCACUCUGUGGAUAUCUUCUGUUUUUGGCUAGCUAUGUUAAUAGCUCCAUUAUAUUUAGAUUGUUCAGAAAUGCUUAUUAAUGUUUACACAUAAGAUAUAGUGUACGUCCAGAAUCGUUACUCAAUUUGUAAAUAUUUUGAGAAGUUACCUCAAAUACGCUUACUUAUAUUCAAUCCUUAAUUCUGAGCUUAA